AUGGCUGCGCAAUCGAAGCCUGAGAUCUCCCCUUGGGGCCGCGCUGUCGCUGGAGCUACGGGUGCUGUUCUUGCGAACGCGCUGGUCUACCCCCUUGAUAUUGUCAAGACUCGUCUUCAAGUUCAAGUCAAGCCCGAUCCUUCAAAAGGCCCUACCUCGUCCGACGAACCACACUACACCUCGACAUGGGAUGCCAUUUCGCGUAUAGUCGCCGAUGAUGGAAUCAAGGGCCUCUAUGCUGGCAUGAAUGGCUCUCUGAUUGGUGUUGCCUCAACCAACUUUGCCUACUUCUACUGGUACACCAUUGUCAGGACCCUAUAUUUCAAGUCUCGCAAGACAGACGUGCACCCGUCCACCGUGGUCGAACUCGCUUUGGGUGCUGUCGCCGGAGCCAUUGCCCAGGUCUUUACCAUCCCUGUUGCUGUUGUUACCACGCGCCAGCAGACGGCAAGCAAAAGCGACCGCAAAGGUCUCAUAGACACCGCUCGUGAGGUCAUCGAUGGUCCAGAUGGUGUAUCAGGUCUCUGGCGCGGUCUGAAGGCCAGUCUAGUCCUUGUCGUCAACCCUGCCAUCACUUAUGGCGCAUACGAGCGACUAAAGGACGUUUUCUUCCCUGGCAAGACCAACUUGAGACCAGCGGAAGCAUUCUUACUGGGUGCCAUGUCCAAGGCGCUCGCAACCAUCGCUACUCAACCACUUAUCGUGGCCAAAGUUGGUCUUCAGUCCAAGCCUCCGCCGGCCCGAAAUGGCAAGCCCUUCACCAGUUUUGUCGAGGUGAUGAAGUUCAUCAUUGAGCACGAAGGUGUCCUGGGUCUUUUCAAGGGUAUUGGACCACAGAUCUUGAAGGGGCUCAUCGUCCAAGGCAUCCUCAUGACCACGAAGGAGAGGGUUGAGCUCAUGUUCGUGCUUUUGAUCCGAUAUAUCAAGUCUAUCCGCCUCCAGAAACUCGGCAAGACAGCUGAGAAGACAGCCGCCGCAGCCGCUGCACACAGCGUUGCGGCCAAACCCGUCACAACCGCAUAG